AUGCAUUUCGUAUCAGACAAAAAAAAAAAUGGUGUAUUUGAUUCAAUGUCAGCCUUCAAAGACUCAAGCUCAUCGUCUACACCCUAUACUCGUAUCAACACCGUCAGGUCAAAGCGACUCGAAGAAUUGAUGCAAUUCCUGAUUGAAGAAGUGAUUGUUACGCCUCUUCUCGUGAUACUCUACUUUCUUCAACAAAAGGCGAACAAGUUCAAUUUGGUCAAUGCAAACAUGCUUUUGAUUGUCCCUCUAGUUACGGUUCUUAUCAUUGAUACAUCAACACUGGCACAUGAUGCGGCUAGGGUUGCCGGAUGUCGACUAUACAAUAAAGGUGAUGCAAAUAUCUAGCGGUGUAUCGAAGAUUGCAAAUCAUAGAGUCAAACCAUGAUUACUUAGCCAAAUUGCAGUAAUUGUUUCAAAUAAACUAGUCUUACUGGAUGUGGAAGUCAUGGCGUUUGAUAUUCUUAUGGUGGUUGUAGGUGCUCAUGGACGUUAUUGCUUGUAGUUAC